AUGAACAAACAAGAAAUUAAGGAAAAGUGGGAAGCUGCCUACAAGCUUGCUCUCAGUCUCACUUCAGAUAAAUUUACCUAUCAUAGCACGAAGGAUAAUGUUGCCAUUAGUAAGGCCGAUGAUGAGAGAGGAACCAUCGUCAGAGGAGAAGUUACUAUCCACGACUGCAAAGCUGAUGAUUAUAUUGACUUAUUGAUCGUCAAGGAUUUGAAUACUAGAAAAAAGAUUGAUCCAAAGACUCGUACUUUUGAAGAUUUGGAUUCAUUUACUGAUGAAAGUGGAUCUUACAAAAUUAGAUAUUAUGUUGCUGCUUCACCAAGAUUGUUCAAACGUUAUUUUAUGGAACAUCCUAAUGAGAGGGAACUGGAUUCGAAAAUAUUGUUUAAUUUAUCAUCAUCUGAUUCUUGUAGUGAAUUUAGUAGUGAGGCAAUUGAAAUUGCUCUCAAUUUUGUAUAUGAAUCGGGUACUAUGAGUCCAAUUUUGAGGAAUGAGGAGAUUAUUACACAAGUUUUUAGAUGGUUGUUAAAAUUGGAAUUUUACUCAACCUUAUGUUAUGUUGUUAAAAGUAUUGAUUCAAGUGUAAAUGAUAGUAUAUAUUUUAGAAUGUAUGGAGAUUUAUUAUUGAUUCCAAAUUUUGGACGUUCGAGUUGGGAUAAUUCUAAUAUCACCGAGAUGCAAAACACUCUCGAAUUAAAGAUUAUUGGAAAUUUACCAAUUAAUUAUGAGAUUGUAAAUGAGGGAAUUAAAGAGUUUGGAUUUGCUCAAAUGGUUGCCCUCAUUGAACGAGUUCUUUAUCACAAUUUGGACUUGUCUGACAUUGUUAGAAUUAUUUGUGAAUGGGCCAAGGAUAACAAGGAGAGGACAUUAAGUCUUGGCGAAUUGUUAAUGAUUUGUGAUCAGGCUAAGAAUAUUCCACGUGUUCCUAAUGUUGUCUCUGUACCUCCACCACCUCCACCUCCGCCACUACCACUUACGCUUAGACCUGUUACCAGACCAGUAACCACACGCAUUGGUGCAGCUGUUAGUUUUCCAUCACGUAAUCCUCCUAGUUCAUUACGUCUUUUUGACGAUGAUGACGAUGAGUCAGAUUUUGAUGACGACGAUUGGUAA